AAUGUCAGCUGAUGAAGACUGAGAGGCCAAAGCCGAACACCUUCAUCAUUCGCUGUCUUCAGUGGACCACCGUCAUCGAGAGGACCUUCCAUGUGGACUCACCUGAUGAACGGGACGAAUGGACAGAGGCCAUCCAGAUGGUGGCCGACAAGCUGCAGAGACAGGAAGAGGAAAGGAUCCAGUGCAGCCCCACCUCCAACAUCGACAACAUGGUCGAAGAGGAAAUGGACAUCUCUGCUACGCAUCACAAACGAAAGACAAUGAACGACUUCGACUACCUGAAGCUGCUGGGAAAGGGAACAUUUGGUAAAGUGAUUCUUGUCCGGGAAAAAGCCAACGGGAAAUAUUACGCCAUGAAAAUCCUUAAAAAAGAAGUCAUCAUCGCCAAGGAUGAAGUGGCUCACACACUCACAGAGAGCAGAGUACUGAAAAACACCAGACAUCCCUUUCUCACUUCCCUGAAGUACUCAUUCCAGACUAAAGACCGGCUCUGUUUCGUCAUGGAGUACGUGAACGGGGGAGAGCUGUUUUUCCAUUUGUCCAGAGAGCGAGUGUUCUCGGAGGAGCGCACGCGCUUCUACGGCGCCGAGAUCGUCUCAGCUCUCGACUACCUGCAUUCAGCCAAGAUUGUGUACCGGGACCUGAAGUUGGAGAACCUGAUGCUGGAUAAAGACGGCCACAUAAAGAUCACUGAUUUCGGACUCUGCAAAGAGGGCAUCACUGAUGCUGCUACUAUGAAGACCUUCUGUGGGACGCCAGAGUACCUCGCACCUGAGGUCCUGGAGGACAACGAUUAUGGCCGGGCAGUGGACUGGUGGGGUUUGGGCGUUGUGACGUACGAGAUGAUGUGCGGACGUCUGCCGUUCUACAACCAGGACCACGAGAAACUGUUUGAGCUCAUCCUCAUGGAGGACAUCAAGUUCCCGCGCACUCUGUCAGCGGACGCCAAGUCGCUGCUGUCCGGCCUGCUCAUCAAAGACCCCAACAAAAGACUUGGGGGAGGACCAGACGAUGCUAAAGAGAUAAUGAGACACAGUUUCUUCUCCGGCAUCGACUGGCAGGAUGUUUACGAUAAAAAGCUCGUCCCUCCCUUCAAGCCUCAGGUCACAUCAGAGACGGACACGAGGUACUUUGACGAGGAGUUCACAGCUCAGACCAUCACAAUCACUCCACCGGAGAAAUUUGAUGAGGAUGGGAUGGACUGUUUGGACAACGAGAGACGACCGCACUUCCCGCAGUUCUCCUACUCCGCCAGCGGUCGAGAAUGAACCGUCCACCCGGGUGAUGUCAUCACAGCUGGUCUCUGAGGUCAUCAGCGUGGGACACGAUGACACAGCUUUGGACCGACUCAGA